GUGAUGUGUGAUCGCACGUGGGUUCUGUAGCUUCUGGGUUCGAGAUUAUGCGAUUAAGAUCCAAAUUAUUUUGCAAUUAUUUGGACAUUGACCUUCUACCACAUUGCCUUCGGGGGUUUAUAUAUGGGUUGGAGAUUAUGCUAUUUUCUCAUCUACAACUGAUAAGCACAGUAUCAAGAAUACUUCCAUGGCUUCCAACACCACCAGAGAAGUGCUCUUCGACCUCUCUCCUGUUCUUAUAGUCUACACAGAUGGAACUGUCGAGAGGCUCAUGGGCACACCUAAUGUCCCGCCGUCGCCGGAAGACUCAACCACCGGCGUAGCCUCCAAAGACAUUAUAGUUCUUUCACCGGAGGUUAAAGCCAGACUAUUCCUCCCAAAGCUAGUAGACCCCACCCAAAAACUCCCUGUUUUAGUAUACUACCACGGCGGUGGAUUUAUUGUCGAUUCUCCCUACUGUCUGAACUUCCACCGUUACAUGAACAUUUUAGCCGCUGAAGCAAAAGCUUUAAUCAUUUCUGUCGAAUACAGGCUCGCCCCUGAACACCUUCUACCUAUAGCCUAUGAAGAUUCAUGGACAGCCAUUCAAUGGGUGGCGUCUCACGCUAUUGCAAAUGCUAACAUCGAAAAGGACCCAUGGGUUACUAAACAUGGCGAUUUUGGUAAAUUGUAUAUCGGCGGGGAUAGUGCAGGUGCCAAUAUAGCGCACAAUAUUGUUCUCCGAACUGGGGUGGAACCUUUGCCUGGGGAUGUGAAAAUACUGGGUUUAUUUCUAUCUUGUCCUUAUUUCUGGGGAUCUAAACCAGUUGGGUCGCAAUCGAAAAACGAUUUGAAAGGUUUUGCAUAUAAAGUUUGGAUGUGUGUUUAUCCAUCAGCCGCUGGUGGGAUUGACAAUCCGAUGAUCAAUCCAUUUGCAGAGGACGCCCCGUGCUUAUCCGGGCUGGCGUGUUCAAGGCUGCUGGUUUGUUUAGCAGUGAAGGAUGCAUUUACGCCCAGAGGGAUUCUUUACGUUGAGACUAUGAAGAAAAGUGGAUGGAACGGUGAAAUGCAGCUGGCGGUGGUUGAUGGAGAAGAUCAUGAAUUUCAUGUAAAUGAUCCUUAUUCUGAGAAAGCAAAGGAUUUGAUUCAGAAUAUGGCUUCUUUUAUUUCGAAGUCCGGAAUAGAGAUUCAGCAGAAGACUUCGUGGACGCAAGCCAACUCGGAAAAAAGGUUCUUGACAUGUACACAAAGCUUGCAAAAUGGAAGUUGUGGGAAUUUCUCGUGGUGUGACCCACCUAUGUAUCAUAAAUCUAUUGAGAUCAUGCCUGGGCUAUUAAAAUCUAGAAAUGCGUACGAAAAACAGGUUCUCAAAUUGCAGAGGCAGAACAAUGUUUUUGAAUUUAAGUCCUGGGUUUUUGGGUUUUUGUGUGGGUGUGUUAUAAUGUGGAUUUUUGGUGGAAAAUAGAGUUUCAGUACCCUUGUGAUGUAAAACAGAAGGCAGAGUAGAUUGAGUAACAGUUAGACGAAAAAGGGAAAAACAUUAAAUUGUAGAUUUUGCGUUCUAGCUUCGUUUUGUGCCCAUAAAACCUUUUUGGAAAUAAAGUGAUGAGCCACACUGAACUCACUACUUUGUUGUGAUGUAUGGUAGAUUUUAGCCAUCCGAGUUUGCUUAGGACUCGAAAACUGCCUUUUAAGUUUUAGUGUUGUUUUUGUCAUUUAUUUAAUUUCGAAUUCUUUUCAAUUUUAAUGCUUUUAAACUAGAUUUUUGUGUGAACCCUUAUAAAUAAAGGGAUAAUUUUUCUUUUUUAGGCAAUUUUUGAAUUAAUAAAAUAGCUUGAGUUUAUCU